UCUCGGCCGGCGGCUGCUGGAGCGGCCGCUGCACAGCGGGCCCGGCAGGUGGCCGCGGGCGGGGACGGACGAGCGGCCGCACCGCCGCGGCGUGGGGACGCGAUGGCGGCGGCGGAGCCGGCGAGCUCGGGCCAGCAGGCGCCGCAGGGGCAGGGCCAGGGCCAGCGGCCGCAGCCACAGCCUUCCCAGGCGCAGCCUCCGCAGCAGCCGCCGCCGCCGCAGCUCGGGGGCGGCGGGGGCGGCAGCAGCAGGCACGAGAAGAGCCUGGGGCUGCUCACCACCAAGUUCGUGUCGCUGCUGCAGGAGGCCAAGGACGGCGUCCUGGAUCUCAAAGCGGCUGCAGAUACUUUGGCUGUGAGGCAAAAAAGAAGAAUUUAUGAUAUCACCAAUGUCUUAGAGGGAAUUGACCUGAUUGAAAAAAAGUCAAAAAAUAGUAUACAAUGGAAAGGUGUAGGUGCUGGCUGUAAUACUAAAGAAGUCAUAGAUAGAUUAAGAUAUCUUAAAGCUGAAAUUGAAGAUCUAGAACUGAAGGAAAGAGAACUUGAUCAGCAGAAGUUGUGGCUACAGCAAAGCAUCAAAAAUGUGAUGGACGACUCGAUUAACAAUAGAUUUUCCUAUGUAACUCAUGAAGACAUCUGUAAUUGCUUUAAUGGUGAUACACUUUUGGCCAUUCAAGCACCUUCUGGUACACAGCUGGAGGUACCUAUUCCAGAAAUGGGUCAGAAUGGACAAAAGAAAUACCAGAUCAAUCUAAAGAGUCAUUCAGGACCUAUCCACGUGCUGCUUAUAAAUAAAGAAUCCAAUUCAUCUAAGCCUGUGGUUUUUCCUGUUCCCCCACCUGAUGACCUCACACAACCCUCCUCUCAGCCCUCCACUCCAGUGACUCCACAGAAAUCCAACAUAGCAACUCAGAAUCUGCCUGAGCAACAUGUCUCUGAAAGAAGCCAAAAUCUUCAACAGACUCCAGCCACAGACUUGUCAUCAGCAGGAUCUAUUAGUGGAGAUAUCAUUGAUGAGUUAAUGUCUUCUGAUGUGUUUCCUCUUUUACGGCUUUCUCCUACCCCGGCAGAUGACUACAACUUUAAUUUAGAUGAUAAUGAAGGAGUUUGUGAUCUGUUUGAUGUCCAGAUACUAAAUUAUUAGAUUCCAUGGAAACUUGGGACUGUUAUCUACCUCUAACUGUAACAUUUUAGACUUCUUAAUAACCUAAGUAUUUAAAAUAAUGAAUGUAACACCUUUUUAGUUCACUGAUUCUGAAGUGUUCUCUAAUAAUUUCUUUUUUACUUCACAAAACUUCAACCAUAAAAACAAAGGGCUCUUUUCAACCAUAAAAACAAAGGCUUUUUUUCAGGGGAAAAAGUGAUUUGAUACCCACAAAUCCCCUCCCUUCCCCCUUAAGUGAUUACAUUCUGGGAUUUCACCUUUUCUUCCAAUUCUGAAUCCUUCUGUUUUUUUCC